AUGUCCGCGCCAGGCGGCGCUCCCAGCCCUGCGCCGCGCGGCGGCAGCAUGGGGCCUGGCGCAACUGGAGGCAAUAUGCCUAUGUCGUCGCAGCAACCUAUGUCUGGAACUCCUGUACAUUCUGCACCUGCACCUGGCCCACCACCGCCACAGAGUGGUGCUAUGUCACAGCAGAACCUGAAUCAGAUUGUCAUUGAUUACCUAGCCAAGAAAGGCUACAGUCGUACCGAAGCCAUGCUCCGCAUGGAAUCUGCGAAUCAAGAGAUUGAUGGACGUCCGCUUCCUCCUCUCGGCGAAGAUUCUCGUCCCAAGUUCAAAAAGGGAUUUGACCUGCUCAAGGGAUGGGUCGAGGAGAAUCUUGACCUCUACAAGCCCGAGCUUCGUCGUGUACUGUGGCCACUGUUUGUGUAUUCGUUCUUGAACAUGGUUACGGCCUUUUAUCCCCAAGAUGCGAAACAAUUCUUUGAUGCCAACAAGAACAUGUUCCUUCCCGAGCAUACGGACGAUGUCCGUAAACUCGAGCCCAUCAGCCUGCCGGAACACGUGCAGGCAAAUGACACUGCCAAGCUUUAUAGAAGCAACAAGUACCGCAUCGUUCUGAGCAACCCGGCCUACACCAAUCUCCUUCAAUACCUGGAAAGCAAAGAAAAGGAGGGUGGUUCCGUCAUGAACGCGAUUUUGAGCAGUUACUGCACCGUCAAGACUAUGGACCGUGCUGCCGAUGAUCGAUUCAGCUUCGCGGCUAUGCUUGGCCAGAUUGGGGCGGGACAAACAUUCCCCUCCGAAGACGAGGGUAUUCCCGGUCACCAUCCCGGCUCGGCAUACACCGGAGAUAAUCCAGCCAUGGCUGGAACCCUGCCCAGACUUCGGCUCGGGAAGCUGCCAAUGGAGCAAACCUUGGAAGAAGACGUGCGUGCGGAAUUGGCAGAGGAAGAUGCGAAGGAACCCCCUCCCCCUGGCCGUAACACACUCGUCCAAGAGUUUGAUCAGAUGAUCAAGAAGGAAGACGAGGAUGAGGCACCCACUCGUGCGGACAUUCCUUUCCCUCCCUCCACUGCCCGUGACGUCGCAAUCGAAUGCAUGAAGGUCCGGGAGAACAGGGAUCGGUUCAAGAUUGAAGGUCGCACUGGUGGAGUUGGUCCUGGAGUGAGCGUGUGCAUGUUUACCUUCCACAACACCUUUGACAGUAUUAACUGCAUGGAUUUCUCCGAUGACAACAUGCUCGUCGCUGCAGGGUUCGCUCAGUCUUACAUCCGGGUCUGGAGUCUUGACGGCAAGAACAUCCAAGCCGCCUACCCAGAUUUGGAUGACCUUCCUCCGGCCAAUUCUCGGCGCCUCAUCGGCCAUGCUGGUCCAAUCUAUGCUGUUGCGUUCCCACCAUGUGCAACCAAGGCUGAAAAUGUCUCGAGCGAAGACUAUGUUCCUACCAAUGCUCGCUUCUUGCUUUCGUCCUCCGGUGACAAGACCAUCCGUCUGUGGUCUCUCGACACCUGGCAAUGCCUCGUUGUCUACAAGGGCCAUGAUCGCCCGGUCUGGGACUUGCGGUGGGGGCCUUUUGGCCACUACUUUGUGUCUGGUGGCUCUGAUCGCACGGCCCGACUGUGGCUCACUGAUCACAUCCGCCAACAGCGCAUCUUCGCCGGACAUGACCAAGAUGUGGACUGUGUCUGCUUCCAUCCCAAUUCCGCCUAUGUCUUCUCAGCCAGUUCCGACAAGACUGUACGGAUGUGGGCUAUCACGACAGGAAAUGCGGUCCGUAUGUUUACUGGACAUACUGGCAACGUGACUGCCAUGGAGUGCAGCCGUGAUGGAAAGAUCCUGGCAUCUGCAGAUGAUGCUGGCUCUAUAUUCCUGUGGGAUCUCGCAUCAGGCCGGCUUUUGAAGCGCAUGCGGGGUCAUGGAAAGGGCGGUAUCUGGUCCCUUAGCUGGAGCGUUGAGUCGACAGUCCUCGUCUCUGGCGGUGCCGAUGGCACUGUUCGCAUCUGGGAUGUCAGCGGUCCUCAGGAUGGCACCCAGGGACGCGUGAUCGGUGAAGGCGGCGCUGGCACUAAGCUUGACGCCAGUAAUGCUCCUGCUAGCACUGCAGCCUCGAACAAGAAAAAGAAAGGCAAGGAUGUCGUUGUCACGCCUGACCAGAUCAGCGCUUUCCCAACAAAGAAGAGUGCUGUCUACAAGGUCAAGUUCACCAAUAUGAACCUGGUUGUUGCUGGCGGUGCCUAUCUUCCCUAG